AUGCUCCCUCCGACUUGGAAUGCGACGUGUGUCCUUUCCGAAUUUGUGAAAGAGAACAAUCUGGAAGAGUUUUCGCGGCCGAUUCGAGAGACCGAGUACUUCGCCGCCCUCAGGCACGACCCGGUGUUUUGGAAGCCAGCGCCUGACGCCGGAAAGCUCAAGAAACCCGAAGUCAGAGAACGUAUCAGCACGUUCAAAUCGUCACGCCUUCCAGGAUUUCCGUCCCUGCCGCCAAAGCCGCCGACCCCGGAGAAUCGAGACCAUCGACAUCUGAACGACCGCAAGCGCGCCUGGGAUGACUCCCCGUAUAAACAGUCCCGUGGAGGAGGUACGCAUGACAGUGACUCUCAGCAGAGCCGCUACAAGAGGCAGAAGGGCGAGGGACAGGGAGCAUACGAGAAUGCGUCGCCUCACAACCGACGAGGACGGGAAGACAGCAGAACAAUCGACCGGUACCGAAGCCAAAGAUCAGAGCGUACGGAGCAUGAAUCCAGCGAUACCCAUCUCAAUUCUGUGGACAGCAGAGAGGCUGGGUCUGCCGUGCGCGAAAGAGAAGGGUACGUUGCCCGCCAGGAUUCGGGCUACUACAGCUCUCGCCAAGUGCGUGGGCGACAAGAGUCCUCCAACGGCUUCCAUGACCGGAGGCCGACAACUCCAACAUUUCCUGGGACACCCGACAGCCGUCCACCCAGCAGGCAAGGAUCUCACCAUUCGUGGCGCCGGGGAUCUCAUAGCAGUCACGCCGACUCGCGCCCGGCAUCCAGACAAUCCAUGGCUUCGGGCGCCUCUCCUGGCGGCGAAGAUUCAGACUUGGAUGACCUUGAGGCCGAACUCUUGGGAAUCUCGACGAAGACGAAGGGCGGAAAGGAAGGCAAACAAGGUGAUGGUGGUGCGUACGUCAAGUUCAAAAUCUACUUUACGUAA